GUUGUACAAAAAAUAAAAGAAGUCAAUCUAUUUUUGCAGUCACAAGCGGCAUCUGAAGAAUACAUAGAACAGAUAAAAGAGGAUCGUGUGGCUUCAAUAAGGAGUCAGACAGAAGUGACAAUUAAAAAUCUGGAAUCUGAAAUCUCCAACAUGAAAUUUUCUCAAGGAGAAGUGGAAAAGUAUAACCCCCUGUAUCAAGGAGAAUGAAAAGCUGGGGAAUAUUUGUUGAAGAAAGCAAAAAAUUUUCGCAGAACUCCUGAGUGACUAGCAGCGUCCAGUCGCAAUCAUGUUGAGGAGACACAGGGGACUGGAACUUGCUUUCCCACUCGAGCUAUGAAGACGGGCACCUUCUUCUAUGAAGAAUCACCUUCUGUUGGAACUGUUCAUAAUGGCUUAGGUCUUCACAGAGAGCUUUCUUCAAGAGAAAACUCAAUGUUCUUUUCCUCAUUCCCAUGGACUUCAGAUGCCAACUUGGAGACCUACUUGACUGAGAUGACACACAAGUUGGAACAAAAUAUAAGUAUGGAACUACAAGAAGGUCUUGCUGAAUUAGAAUCUGGAUGCUCUUCUCUAGAAAAGCUUCUCCUCUAGGAUCCACUGAUGAGGCAGAUAUAAAUCAAGAUAUACUUUGGACAGCAUCAUCACAAUAUGUACCAUUUUUGAAAAAUUCUAUGAUCUGAAAGACUUUUAAGUGGAUCUUGCAAAUAAAAAGCAGUUUUACCUCCUUA